GGACUGGACGCACCGCCGCCCCGCCUGCACGCCUGUGAGCGGCCGCUGUGUCUCGGUGGAUUUAUUCCCGGAGCUGUGGGAGCCGGAGGAGGAUUUUGCUGCCGGUUUGUUGGAACUAAGCGGAGCGGUUGGAUUUUAAUGUGACGCUCGGGCUGGAGACGGAGCGGAGUCCGGCUGCCGGCGCUCCGCUGCUCCCGGAGAUGUGCAGGAAGGAAGCAGCUUUAUAAACAGAAGAACUAAUCAGGACUGGAAACUACAGCUGGAGUCUGGACUUGUCCUUCUCCUCUACCUGGAUUUGGACAUUUCUCCCUCACUGAUUGGCUCUGCUGUGAAGCUGCUUGUGAUUGGACAGUCCAGAAUUCAAGGACGUCUGAGGGGGUCCACCCCCGCCUCCUGACUCCCUGCUUCCCUCAUCGCUGUCAGCUGAUCGGCUGGAGGCUCCACCUGAACAUUCUCACGCUCUGGCGUCCAUCAUGACCUGCUGACAUCUCCGCCGCCUGGCCCCCCUCCUCCCCUCUCUGUCCACCAAAAAAUGGCCUCGACCACCUGGCUGUUGCCGUGGCGACCGCCGCCACCGUCGUCGUCGUCGUCGCCGCUGCUGCUGCUGCUGCUUCUCGCGCUCGCCUGCUGUUCCCCGUCUGACUCGGCCUCGACCACGUCCUUCCCCAAAGACCUGCAGCCGAUCGGCGUGGUCGGCUGGGAGCAGUCGUAUCAGUAUCCCGGUUUUCAGGGUUUGCUUCAGGACAACGACACGCUGCGUCUGGGUCUGGACUUCCAGAGGAUGCUACGGAUCAAUCACAUGUUGUACAUCGCAGCCAGGGAUCACGUGUUCGCCGUGAAUCUGACGACGGCUUCAGACGACUUCGUCCCGCAGCUGAAGCUGACGUGGAAAUCCAAAGACGUCAGCAAGUGUACGGUCAGAGGGAAGAACAGCGACGAGUGCUACAACUACGUUAAAGUCCUGGUGCCCCGGAACGACGAAACUCUGUUCGCGUGCGGCACCAACGCUUUCAACCCAACCUGCCGAAACUACAAGAUGACGUCCUUGGAGCAGGUCGGCGAGGAAGUGGUCGGUCAGGCUCGAUGUCCCUUCGAGUCCGGUCAGUCCAACGUCGGACUAUUUGCUGGUGGAGAUUUCUACUCGGCCACCAUGACGGACUUUCUGGCGAGCGACGCCGUCAUCUACAGAAGUCUGGGAGACGGCCGACCCGUCCUCAGGACCGUCAAAUACGACUCCAAGUGGCUCCGAGAGCCCCACUUUCUGCACGCCAUCGACUAUGGUAACUACGUCUACUUUUUCCUGAGUGAAAUCGCAGUGGAGUACACCGCCCUGGGCAAGGUGGUGUUUUCUCGAGUUGCCCGGGUUUGUAAGAACGAUAACGGAGGAUCUCCACGAGUCCUGGAGAGAUACUGGACUUCCUUCCUAAAGGCUCGGUUGAACUGUUCGGUUCCUGGAGAUUCCUUCUUCUACUUCGACGUUCUUCAGUCUCUCACCAACGUGCUGCAGAUCAACCAGAGACCUGCGGUGGUCGGAGUCUUCACCACUCAGGCCAACAGCAUCCCCGGCUCAGCAGUUUGUGCCUUCUACAUGGACGACAUCGAGAAAGUCUUCAACGGAAAGUUCAAGGAGCAGAGGACCAGCGACUCGUCCUGGACUCCGGUACCCGACGAACAGGUUCCCCGACCGAGGCCCGGUACUUGUGCAGGCGAUGGUCCGGCGUCAGACUACAAGUCCUCAGUUCAGUUCCCGGACGAGACGCUGACCUUCAUCAAGUCGUAUCCUCUGAUGGACGAAGCCGUUCCCUCCGUCAAUGAUCGACCCUGUUUCACCAGAACAUCCAGCAGGUCCAAGUUGACCCAGAUCGUGGUGGACGUCUCGGCCGGGCCCUACAAGGACCGGACGGUGAUGUUCCUGGGCUCGGACGACGGACGAGUCCUGAAGGUUUUGGCGAGCACGCAUCCAAACGACAGCUUCGGAUCCAAGCUGCUGGAGGACAUCGACGUCUACAACCCGUCCAAGUGUAACGUUCAGGGCCAGGAGGACAGGAGGGUUCUGGGUUUGGAGCUGGAUAAGGACCAUCACGCCUUGUUCGUCGCCUUCAGCAGCUGCGUGAUCCGAGUGCCGCUCAGCCGCUGCACCCAACACGGAGCCUGCAAAAAAGCCUGCCUGGCCUCUCGUGACCCGUACUGCAUCUGGCUUCGGACCGGGAGUUGUGCCAACAUGGCGCCGGGUUUCAAGGCGGGGUUUGAGCAAGAUAUCGAGGGCGACCACUCGUUUCACCCCGACAGCUGCCACGCCGACGUGUUGGCGACGACGAGGAACCAGGAGUCUGCAGCCGACUCCGCCUACGGUAGGAAACUCUUCUUGUUAUUCCUG